GUCUGAACCAAGUUAACGAGACAGCGUUUAUUAGACGGCCCUGAUCUGUCCUGCCUUCCUGCACCUCGCCUCUGAAACGACUAUAUUCUGCACGUCCCAGCGGCCUGACGGGUGGCAACUCUGCAGGAACAGCCGUAUGACGCUACAACCUACUCGUGUCGUCUACGUGAACAGCAAUUAUGUCUGGAAAGUCUCACAGCCCUUCAGCGCCUCCCCCAUACAGCAUGGUUGAUCCUUACAUGUCCUACCCACAACGCAGAGCCUCCACACCCCCUCACAACGGAAACACAGCCCCUGCCAGAGUGCCGAACCACGGAGAAAGUAAAACAAGCGCACCUGACACAGCCCCCAACCACGGCCGCUAUCCCACCACCGGUAGUAAGACGUGCGAUCCCCUUCCCCCUAAAACCUCCGCCCCAGGACCCUCGUCUGUAGAAAAUUCCGUCACCUAUACUCCUCAUUCCCAAGCGCCAGCCUCCGCAUACCCCUAUACGCCCUCUCAAGCCUCGCCAUACCAACCCUAUGCUCCGUCUCCUGCCCCAUCUUACUUACCCCACUCGUCUUAUCCACAAUCUGGUGCUGCUUCGUUUCCAACACCUUACCCUUAUGGAUACGCAGUUCCUUCGUCUUACUCUCCUUACACCACAGCUCCUACAGUCAUUGUGUCGAUGCCGAAUCAGACCCCGCCACCAGCAUACGCCCCAUAUCAAGUCCCGGGUAUGGUGAUGCAGGGGAACAGUACCAUGGCCCCCCCUGAGGAGUCGUUCAAUGAUGAGAGUGCAACAGACUCGUGUAGAGUGCAUGGGAGUGACUACACGCCUCACUAUCAUCCUCUUCCAAGCUACCAUCCUCUCCUCGGCUACCACCACCAUCACUACCUCGGUCACCACCACCACCACAAUCGACACAAUCCAGGGAACCAGUAGUGGGCAUGCGUGGUGCUGCGUCAUCAUAGAUGCUUCAUGUGAUUUUGUGUGGUUAUGUUUAGGUUUUAAUUAGUGUUGCUUUGAAUCGCAGGGGAGAGUGAAAAAUGUGGUUCUGUAGACGCUUAAUUAUUGUUAACUUUUAAUGACCACGUAAUGUUUCUACAAACUUAAUUCAUUGUUAACUUUUAAUAACGUAAUGACAGUAAAAGAUUGUGAAUACUUCGUUGCAUUAGGAUAUUCUUAAGUUUUAUAUGCUUGACAGCUUUUAUGUGAUGCUGAAAGCCUUUCAUAGGGCAAAAAUAAUAAAAGUUUUAUAAAAAUCU